UGACUUCUCGGGGUUGAUUUUUCAACUCUGGGCCCAUUUCGGUUUGGGUCUCGGCGAUGCUCACAGGUCGCUCCUCUCCCAUAUCCUAAAUCCAUAACGCAAUAAAAUGUCGAGUCUUCUUCUAGACAUCCCCUCUGUUUUAUGGCCGUCGAUUCCACAGCUGAUGGUCGGUUGUGUCAUUCUGAUCGUUCUGAAAAAAUACUACAAUUCACACAUUCAGCCAUGGGUUUUUGCCAAAUUUUAUCCAUCGCUGGCCAAUUAUCACGUGACUUGUCGGGAGAUUAAGCGACAGCAUUUCGCGUCGAUGAAGAGUCACAAAUCGGCCGAUCCUGAGUUGAGGAAGAAGGGCGCCCUGAGGAUCCUGGAAAUCGGACCCGGUCCCGGCUACAAUUUCGAAUUCUAUCCGCCCAAAAGUGAACUGACGGCCGUCGAAGUCAACCGCUUCUUCGAGGAGCAAUUCUUCGAGAAACAGGCCGACCAUCCGCACAUCAAAAUGGAACGUUUCGUCGUCGGAUUCGCCGAGGACAUGAAGGACGUGCCGGACAACAGCGUCGACAUCGUCGUCUCCACCAUGGUCCUCUGCUCUGUUCGCAGUGUCGAAGGGGCCCUGAAAGAAGUCCAUCGCGUUUUGGCUCCGGGAGGAAAAUAUUAUUAUUGGGAGCACGUCCUCGACCCUGAGAACAUUUGGGCCCGCCUCGGCCAGCAUUUGGCUUCCUACACCUAUUACGACCUGCUCUUCGGCUGCCAGUUGAACCGCAAAAGCGGCGAAAUCGUCAAAGCCAACAAGGCCGGAUACUCGCACAUUGAGCACCAGCGAUUCAGAACACCACCGGAGAAGGGCUUCGAAUUCCUUAGCUUCUUUCACAGCGCUCACGCCAAAGGAAUCGCAACCAAAUAAGGAAUCGAUUAUUAUUCAUGAUAAAAUUGAUUAAUAUUGAGCAGCAGAUUUUAAAAAGGAAUGGCCUAGAUAAUUUGAUUGGUUUGAAAAAACAAUACGCAGAAUACGAUACAAAUAUUAAACAUAUAUGGGUGAUGACAUUGAAAUGAGAAUAAGACUUCCGUUGAAUAAUAAAUUGUGCUUGCUCAGCACGCAAGGUUAUA